GAGGUAUAUAAGAUCUCAGAAUUCAGCAACGAUGUUAAUGGGGAGGCUAAAGAAACACAACCCAUUUAUUUAGGAGAUGAAAGCAUGGAAAUUAAAAAACAAAUCACAGGAAUGAGAAGAUUACUGAAUGAUAGCACUGGGAGGAUCUAUCAACGUGUAGGCAAAGAAGGAGAAAAAUUAAAAGAAGAGCCCCAGGAUUUGGAUGCAGUCUGGCCUCCACGUUUGAACUCCUCUGCUGAGGCCCCACAGAGCCUCCACCCUCCUUCACGUGGUGCAUGGAAUGAGUUACCACCCCCCAGCGGGCAGUUCUCAGGGCAGUAUGGCACACGCUCUAGAACCUUCCAGAGUCAGCCCCACACCACUGGAAGCUCCAACGGAGAACUUCCGGCCAUGAAUUCGUCCAUUGGAUCAAACUGCUGUACUUGCAAUUGCCAGUCGACGUUGCAGGCCAUCCUCCAAGAACUCAGGACCAUGCGGAAAUUAAUGCAAAUUCAAGCAGUUGGAACCCAAAACAGACAACAACCCCCAAUUUCCCUUAUAUGCUCCCAGCGAACUGCUGUCAAUCGCAAGAGAAAUAAAAAGAAAAAAGUGCCCCCAAAGACCGUUGAACCUCUGACCGUGAGGCAGAAGCCUGGCAUGUUAGAAAUGGAGAAGAAGACAGCCGGGGCAUCCGAGCAGCCUGGCUCCCAGACUGCCGAGCCCCCCUCGGCCGGGGAGAACCGCGUGCUGGGAUUCGGCAUUGUCCUGGAGUCGCCUGCCUCAGAUCCAGAAGUGCAACUUGCUGAAGGCUUUGAUGUGUUCAUGCCUAAAUCACAGCUGGACUCUAUAUUGUCAAACUACACUCGCUCAGGAAGCCUUCUGUUUAGAAAGCUGGUGUGUGCAUUUUUUGAUGACAAGACUUUGGCUAACUCCUUACCCAAUGGGAAGAGGAAAAGAGGACUCAAUGACAACCGGAAAGGACUAGACCAAAAUAUUGUGGGUGCAAUCAAAGUCUUCACAGAAAAAUACUGUACGGCUAACCACGUGGAUAAACUUCCUGGCCCGAGAGACUGGGUACAGAUUCUGCAGGAUCAAAUCAAACUGGCCAGAAGAAGGUUAAAAAGAGGCUCAGCAGAGGUAGCUGACGGUGAUGAAAGACUGGACAGCAUUUCCCUACCACCAACAGAUGGAGGCAGAGAGAUGUUUCAGAUGAGGAAAUUGAACCCGGGAUGGUAGAAACACCUCACGGAACUGAAAAGAAUUUCAAGGAAUCUGAGAAAGAAGGAACGUUAGAGAUCAUCUAGUCCCCUCCCUUCUUUUUAUCCAGUCCUUUUAUUUUACAGGUAAAAAAGCCUGAGGCCCAGAAACACUAAAUGACUCUGUCAAGGUCUCCCAGCUGGUUGGUGGCCCGGCUGGACCCCCGGCCUCUCGACUUCCAGCCCUUACACCGCGUAGCUUUCUUAUACCUAAGCCAAAGCCAGCUUUUCUCUGCAUGUUUCCUAACGAUCUUAAGAGUCACUGGAUGUGCUAAUCCCUUUAGGAUUCCAUUCCACUGUCUGUCUUCACAGUUAGAAUGUCCGUUGUAAGCCUACCUGAAGUCCUCUGCCUUGAAACUCACUUACUGGAGUUCUUUCUCGAACCUUGCCCGAGGUGGUGAGGUCCUGACGGACACAGAGGACUAGGUCAGGUCUUUCACUAGUCUAUUGACGUUUGCUACAGGUUACUGAGCAGCAUGAUAAAUAAUACCGUUUAUCAAUUUAGAAAAGGGGAAACAAAGUCACGGAUUGGUGCUCAAAUGUCACAGUAUUGGAAAUAGAUCAUCUUGGUUAGACUAGUGUGUCUCCAUCGACUCAGCCCUGUUAGGUUCUGGGAACAAACGCCCGCCCUCGGGGAAGCCUGGUCCCAUGUGAGGCAGGCGGGGGGGCGCGGGGUGGGCAGUGCGCUCUGAGAACCCGGAGAAACCACCCAGUACUGGGGAACACGCUGUGUUGGGGAGAAAAAAAAAACUACAGAGAAAGUAAAAUCAAAACAGUGCUUUCUAAAAUUGACAAAGAAGGCUUCUUAAUUUGAAAGAGGAGAGAGCAGAGCUCACCUGGGCCUAGCAAUUUUUGUCAAAAAUUGGCCAUUUUUUACAUACUUCUAAACACUUAACAGAAGUAAAGGAAGAAAAUUUAAAUUAGUUUUACCACUCAGAGACAGCCAUUAAUGGGUAUUUUUCCCCCAGACUUUUUUAUUUACUCAUUGGACACCCAACUACAUAACAUUUUUGUUUCCUGAGAGUUUUUCUCCCUUUUUUUUUUAACCUAACAAACAUUGCCCCUUUUCACAAAUAUUCGCACACAUUAUUUUAAUAGCUGCAUCAUGUUCUCUCUUACAGGUAAACCCUAUUUUAUUUAGCCCUAUUCUUAUCCUGAACACUAUGUGGACAUGCUCUAAUAGUGACACAGUGUCAUGAACUUUCCUGUAAAAAUAAUCAGUACAAAUAUCCAGGGGCUAAAAUGGCUCACAACUAAAGCCUUGGCUGAAAAAUCAGUGAUUUAAAUGUGAAGCCAAUACUUCACCAGUGAGGUUCUCCAGCCACCCAGCCUCCUUGCCUCUUGCCCAGUCAUAGAAAAGUGUGUGACUCCCCUUUAGAGAAGCGGCCCCCCUUCAUUGUCUUGUCUCUGUUGUAGGUCAUAUAUUUGACACCAGGAGAGAAAACACGGAAGACACAGAGCCAGAUUUCACUGCCUAGACUUUCCUUUUAGUGACACUGUUCAUUAGCACACGUAACUGUUCCGUUGAAUUCCUUCAAAGAUCCACGUAGCAUUUCAGGUUCCUGCAAAGUGUGGGCGUUCUGUGAAGUUUUCCCGUCAUAUCUGAAUAGUUGUCAUAUUCUUUGUCGUGUGUGAUAAUCAAGCCUCCAAUUUGGUGUUAAGAUUUUUAGAAAUCAUUUUGAGAGUUAACUCAUUCCUUUCAAAAGUCUGGCGUCAGACCAGUGAGUUCAUUGUUCAUUAAAAAGCAGCAGUUCUCUCUCGUUUUUUUUUUUCAUAAGCUCAAUGUGAAUAUAUGGAGUUUUGAAGCGUAUUUAUUUUAAUGUGCACUGCUUAGAUGCAGAAUAAAGGAAAACAGCUCUUUCCAGCCUUGGGGAGCAGUUGGGAAGGCCAACAUUAAUUAGGCCUUCAGCGGCUUCGAAGAUGAAAAAGUUGUUUUUGGGGGACAGGAGAGCUCUGACCUAGUAGAUGAAAUCAUUUGUGACAUCAUUUCCUCCAAAGAUAGCCAUUUGUUGCUGAGUAAGUGCAAAUGAUCUAGGAACUCCAAGGAAAGAAAGACAUUUCACAAAGAUUGUAUCAACACAGUGACAAAAUAACUAAAAGGCCAGGAACUCAAAGUAACCAGUGACCCACAUGAUACCCGACAACUGUUUUCACAGAGGAUUUUAAACUGCAGGGUCCAGGGUUUUGGACAACCAGCCACAAAGGGACUUAAUACUUUAUUUGGCUCUUAGGACGCUCGCCCUCUGCUUCGUAUGAAACCAACUUAUGAAAAUAAGGGUUUACACUGAAGAGAUAUCUUGCCAUGUGGGUAUUUGUUUUACAGAAAUAUUUACCUCCACAUCCCUUCUCCAAAAAGAUGGUGAAUUUAAAAAAUACCGUUUUACUUAGAAACAUUGCACAUAGAUCUCAUUCACUGUAUAAUUAAAUUACCAUAAAGUCUUUGGCACUUGACCCAAAAGCCAAAAAUCGGCCAGAAAGAAAUUGGGUCUGUAGCCGGGCCGAGCCAGAGAGGGAGAGAAUGGCUGUCAUUUCCCUAGCAUUUGUUUUAUGAGUCAUAGAGCAUUAGAGCUCCGAGUUCUUGUAGAGCCGCCCUGUCCAGGGGACAUGUGCCGUAACACACCAAGCCGCUCCCCCUGAGCUCGGGGGCAAUGCGGAGUGCCACCAAAGACCAGCUCAUCAGCCAAAGAUGAGAGCUAGGAGGCGUCGCUGAAAUGUGACAAAGCUGGUCGCAGGCGUGGCUUGCAGAAUCCACCUCACUGCUGGAGAGCUCCAUCUCUUAUCCGUGUGUCUUUUGUCUUAUUUCUGAAGUUACAAGGAAGGUUCAGAGAAACGGUUUCCGUCACGUCCUGUAGUUAUUAGCCUUUUACAUUUCUAGGCCAGUUAGGAAUCCCUUCCCUGAAACUGGUCCCACUGGUCAUCAAGUGGCCUGAUGAAGUUCUGCAUUCAGGGCUUUUGUUUUUCCACAACGUGUGUUUUAAAAUUUGUCUUUUGCCCCUCAGCAGGAGAUAUUCCUCAAGGGAAUUGAAAAGAUUAAUUAGUGACCUUUCAACUCUAUUACAGUGAGAUGAGUGUGUUGCUAAUAAAGGUAGAAACAUUUACCUUACCACUGUGGGAUCUGUUAAAUAUGCGUCACAAACCUUCGAAAGCACUUCCUUCCAAGACUGGGUGACAGCUUGGAUUUUUCAAUACUUGAGGGGAGGGUACUGCUCAACUCACAAGUAUGUGCAAUGCAUCCACAAAUUGGAAAUACAUAUCACAAAACUGCAACAGUAAAAUCAUAUUUUGUACAUUAAAAUUGUAUUUGUGUUUACUUACUGUGACUACUGUUCAGACUUUAUUCAGAAAUCCUUUUUAUAGGCUUUCUUAGUAAAAAAAAAAAAUUCCAUUAUCUAUGGAUGAUGUCUCAAUCUUCUGUAUAUAUGUUUUAUUAAUAUGUAAAUAUUUAGAUUUUUUAAAAUUACUAUGUUCUUUAAAAAGAAUUUCAACACAAGGCUAGUUGUGAAAUGGUGAAUAACAUUGUGUUGUGAUAUCAAUUCCCAAGAUGCUCUUUAUGUCCGUUCCAGAAGAAUACAAUAAAUUACUUUAAUUGAAAAUG